GAAAAGUGCGGCACAGGACCCCGCUGCAAGGGCGGGUUGGGGGGACCUGCUGCCGGGAGAUGCGGCGGCUGCCGCGCAGCUGACUGCGACGCGGGAGCUCCGGCAGCGGCUCCGCUCAGAUGAGAAAGCUGAAUUUGAGAGAAGUUGAGUGACUGGCCUAAACUUGCAAGCUGAGAGUUCUGUCCCAGAGACAACAAGUAUGAAUACCGCGGAUAACGGUGUCAACUGUCUAUGUGCCAUAUGUGGUGACAGAGCAACAGGAAAGCACUACGGGGCCUCAAGCUGUGAUGGGUGCAAGGGCUUCUUCAGACGCAGCAUACGCAAGAGUCACGUUUAUUCCUGCAGGUUCAGUCGGCAAUGUGUUGUUGACAAAGACAAAAGGAAUCAAUGUAGAUACUGUCGAUUAAGAAAGUGCUUUAGAGCAGGAAUGAAAAAAGAAGCUGUGCAAAAUGAGCGUGACAGAAUAAGCACCAGAAGAAGCACAUUUGAUGGCAGCAAUAUCCCCUCCAUUAAUACACUGGCACAGGCAGAGGUUCGGUCUCGCCAGAUCUCAGUCCCAAGCCCUGGUGCAAGCACUGACAUAAAUGUUAAGAAAAUUGCCAGUAUCAGUGACGUCUGUGAAUCCAUGAAACAGCAGCUCUUAGUCUUGGUGGAAUGGGCUAAAUAUAUCCCUGCCUUCUGUGAGUUACCACUGGAUGAUCAGGUGGCACUGUUAAGAGCUCACGCAGGGGAACAUUUACUGCUUGGAGCUACAAAGAGAUCUAUGGCAUAUAAAGAUAUUUUGCUUUUGGGAAACAAUUACGUUAUCCACCGCAACAGCUGUGAAGUUGAAAUCAGCCGUGUGGCCAAUCGGGUUCUAGAUGAGCUGGUCCGGCCCUUUCAGGAAAUUCAGAUUGAUGACAAUGAAUAUGCUUGUUUGAAAGCAAUUGUAUUUUUUGAUCCAGAUGCAAAAGGGCUAAGUGAUCCAGUGAAGAUUAAGAACAUGCGGUUCCAAGUACAGCUGAGUUUGGAAGACUACAUCAAUGACCGGCAGUAUGAUUCCCGCGGCAGGUUUGGAGAGCUGCUUCUGCUCCUGCCCACACUGCAAAGCAUCACUUGGCAAAUGAUUGAGCAAAUCCAAUUUGUUAAACUUUUUGGGAUGGUUAAAAUCGACAACCUUCUUCAGGAAAUGUUACUGGGUGGUGCUUCCAGUGAUACUAACCAUCUCCAUCAUCCGAUGCACCCACAUUUAUCUCAAGAUCCAUUAACGGGACAAACUAUACUUUUGGGUCCCAUGUCAACCCUAGUUCAUACAGACCAGAUUUCAACUCCUGAAACCCCACUUCCUUCCCCACCUCAAGGCUCUGGACAAGAACCUUACAAAAUAGCUGCAAACCAAGCUUCAGUCAUCUCUCAUCAGCCUCUCUCCAAACAAAAGCAAUUGUGAGAAUAUGUUUACUUCUGAACGGCACUGCAUAAAUGUGAAAUGUUGUUGGUCUUGAAAUAUCUCAGGAUAGCACUUUUGCCAAACUUUCAGCCAAGGCUUCUUCAUGGUGCUGUUGUAAGAUGGUAUCCUCUUUUCUUGUUUAUAUGCUCAUUUUGUUCAUUGUUGCUAUUGUUUGAAAGCUUUAGAUGCAAUCAGUGUAUAUCUGACUUUUGAUAUGUUUGUACAGUAUAUUUUUUCCACCUUCCUUUGUACUGUGCCUGAACCAGUUGAAUCUUAUGUAUACCUUUCAUUUGUUGUCUUAUUAUUAAUUUAAAUGUGUAAAUAAUUGCUUUAUGGUGAUGUGAUGUAGAACUAAGGACUCUUUUUGAAGAAGAACAGUAGAUCAGAAAUCCCAGAUUAAUAUUAAUUGAACCAUUUUUUUUAUAAUUUCAAAACUUCAAAUUUGAAAGAUUAAGCGUUGCUGUAGAAUAGGAUGUAUUUCUUCAAAGGAGGAUUACUUAUGGUUAUCCUGUGUCUAAAAAGCACCUUUUUAGCCCACAGUGAAAUAUGCCUGUGUAGAGUUUAGAAAAUUAUAAAUAGGCAUUCCAAAGAUGACUAAGGUAUUCCUUGAAAUCUGCCUAUAUUUGAAGAUGUAUAUUAAAAUAAAAUGUGUUAAUUUUAUCAGUUAGGAUACAGGCUAAACUGUAAAAGAGUAACCCUUCAAAGGGUGGCUCAACCAAGGCAUACAUUUAUUUCUCUCUCCUAAGACAAUAUAGAAGUAGUCAUCCAUUGACUAGAACUUGGCACAUGUCCACAUCUAGUUCUCAGGGAGGCUGGGAGUGUAGUCUGUUAGGUAGAAAGCCUGGUGCCAGCUAAAACUGUACAUCUCUGGGCAUCUGAUACUGGGAGAUGAUUUUGCCAUCUGUCACACAUUUAAUCCUCAUAGCAACCCUGUAAGAGAGGUAUUAUUAUCUUUCGUUUAUAAAUAAACCUUUAGCUUAGAGGGUUUAAGUAAUUUAACCAAAGUUUAUUAACCUAAGGAGUAGGAGUGCCACAUUCAAGCCCAGGUCUGGUUAACUUUCACAAGAAUAAUCUUUGGUUUGGAAGGCAAGUGUGAGCUUCUUACUGCGGUUCUUAAAUAUAUGUAAUUGAGUGAUCAUUGAAUAUUAUCCAUUGGGUUCCCUAUAACUCAUAUUUAAGUGUAAAUUUGUUGCAGCAUGAAUAAGAAAACAUUUUUGUACUUUCAGUAAGUCUUUCCUCUAAAAAGAAAUCUUUUAAAUGGAUUAAAGAAAAUAAA